CCUCAGGCUGCACCACCCAGGACAACAUGAAAAUGAAGUUGCCACUGAACGGAAGUCAGCAGUACUGCACCGGGUCCAGAUGAACGUAAACCAACAUGGAACCCCCAAGGCCAUGCUCUAGAGGGCCAACUCUGAACCUCCUUGAAAAUGAUGAGUUGGAGUUUGUCCGAACUGGCUAUGGGAAGGAUAUGGUAAAAGUUCUCCAUAUUCAGCGAGAUGGAAAAUAUCACAGCAUUAAAGAGGUGGCAACUUCAGUGCAACUUACUCUGAGUUCCAAAAAAGAUUACCUGCAUGGAGAUAAUUCAGAUAUCAUCCCUACAGACACCAUCAAGAACACAGUUCAUGUCUUGGCAAAGUUUAAGGGAAUCAAAAGCAUAGAAGCCUUUGGUGUGAAUAUUUGUGAGUAUUUUCUUUCUUCUUUUAACCAUGUAAUCCGAGCUCAAGUCUACGUGGAAGAAAUCCCUUGGAAGCGUCUUGAAAAGAAUGGAGUUAAGCAUGUCCAUGCAUUUAUUCACACUCCCACUGGAACACACUUCUGUGAAGUUGAACAACUGAGAAGUGGACCCCCGGUCAUUCAUUCUGGAAUCAAAGACCUCAAGGUCUUGAAAACAACACAGUCUGGAUUUGAAGGUUUCAUCAAGGACCAGUUCACCACUCUCCCUGAGGUGAAGGACCGAUGUUUUGCCACCCAAGUGUACUGCAAGUGGCGCUACCACCAGUGCAGGGAUGUGGACUUCGAGGCUACCUGGGACACCAUUCGGGACCUUGUCCUGGAGAAAUUUGCUGGGCCCUAUGACAAAGGCGAGUACUCGCCCUCUGUGCAGAAGACCCUCUAUGAUAUCCAGGUGCUCUCCCUGAGUCGAGUUCCUGAGAUAGAAGAUAUGGAAAUCAGCCUGCCAAACAUUCACUACUUCAAUAUAGACAUGUCCAAAAUGGGUCUGAUCAACAAGGAAGAGGUCUUGCUGCCAUUAGACAAUCCAUAUGGAAAAAUUACUGGUACAGUCAAGAGGAAGUUGUCUUCAAGACUGUGACAUUGUGGCCACCAAUAGGAGUCCACUCUCAGCUGAGGAAUUCCUUAAGUCAUUUGUGAUGCUGGAGAUGAUAGCAUGUAGCCAUGUAAAAUUUCACACUAGUAUAUUGAUUUAUCGUGUUCACUUUCCUCCAAUAUGAAACAAUUUAUUUCUUCUACACCUGGCUCAGCAAGGCAUUCUGUGGAUUACCUUAUUAGUAACUAUAACAUGCUUUAUGGCUAUAGUUUACUUUAAAAUGCUCAGCAGUAUUAGAACAGUUAUAAAUCAAUAUUUCUUUUUGGUUGUCUUAUGCCUUUG